GCAUGUGCAAUGUUGUCGGACCCCAACAUACUUCCUGGUUCAACAGCGUGUGCACACGUUGAAAUGUCAUCGUGAACACUAAACAAUCCGCAAAUUUAGCUACAUCUGUUAUAGGAUUCGGGUCGUUAUUUCAAGCAGUUCUUCUGACUUUUUCCGUCAAUCGGAGGACGCACAGAGAUGAUGAAGGUUUUCAUAACAAGACGCAUCCCACAGGAGGGAAUGAAGAUUCUGUCACAGGCUGGAGUAUGUAAAGUGUCACUGUGGGACUCUGAUGAGCCUGUUCCGAGGGUGGAGCUUCUGAAGGGCGUGGAGGGGGCCCAUGGGCUGCUGUGCCUCCUGUCGGACAAGAUCGACACAGAGGUCCUGGACGCAGCAGGUCCAAACUUGAAGGUUAUAAGUACCUUGUCUGUCGGAUUUGACCACAUGGCCAUGGAUGAGAUCAAGAAACGAGGGGUGCGUGUGGGCUACACUCCAGACGUCCUGACUGAUGCCACAGCGGAGCUGACCGUCGCCCUGCUCCUGGCUACAGCUCGGCGGCUACCAGAGGGCGUGGUGGAGGUUAAGAAUGGAGGCUGGAGCACCUGGAAACCUCUGUGGUUGUGUGGUUAUGGUCUGUCAGGCAGCACUGUCGGUGUCAUUGGACUGGGACGCAUAGGUAUGGCCAUUGCCAGGAGGCUGAAACCGUUUGGAGUGAAGCGGCUCCUGUACUCUGGAAGAACUGCCAAAUCCUAUGCUGCUGAGGUGGAGGGAGAAUACGUGCCCUUGGACACGCUGGUGUCUGAGAGUGAUUUUGUCGUGGUGUCCUGCGCCCUCACACCAGAGACCCAAGGCCUGUGUAACAAGGACUUCUUCAGCAAGAUGAAGAACACCGCUGUCUUCAUCAACACCAGCAGGGGUGCAGUGGUGAAUCAGGAGGAUCUGUACCAAGCUCUGUCCAGUGGUCAGAUAGCUUGUGCUGGGCUGGACGUCACAACCCCAGAACCACUCCCCACCGACCACCCCCUCCUCACCCUCAAAAACUGUGUGGUCUUGCCCCACAUUGGCAGUGCUACCUACUCCACACGUGGCAUCAUGGCAGAGCUGUCCGCAAACAAUCUGCUGGCAGGCCUACAGGGCACAGACAUGCCCAGCGAACUCAAAUUCUAGUGCUGCUCUACAACUUCUCAAUUCUGCCUCAGUCCUCCUGUUAGAAUGAUUUUUUUAUCAACCAAUCAAUAGUCAAUACCAGGGAAGGUAAAAGCCGUAAGUGACCAGGCAGGAAUCUGUGUUAAGAUUAUUGCUGUUCUAUUAAAGGAAAGAUUCACCCAUUUUGAAUGUUAUAUAAUUUUUGUGCAUCUCUGAGCGAUGUUCUAUCGAUUCCUGGGGAUUUUCAUGUGUUUUCAUGUGUAUCUGAGCUAUUCGCUGUUCAAACAUGCAGAAAUAGAGCCAGUAUGCCAUGUUUUGCGUCAUAGAAGUACAGCCGGUAUGACGUCUUUAGUGUCAUAGAAAUACAGCCGGUAUGACGUCUUUAGUGUCAUAGAAAUACAGCCGGUAUGACGUCUUUAGUGUCAUAGAAAUACAGCCGGUAUGACGUCUUUAGUGUCAUAGAAAUACAGCCGGUAUGACGUCUUUAGUGUCAUAGAAAUACAGCCGGUAUGACGUAAAAUUCGUCCUUUCAGCUGUAUUUAUGCCUGCUUGAAUGGCAAAUAGAUGCACAAAAAACUGGGUGAAUGUUUCCUUUAACAUGCUCUCCCAACAUGAAGGUAAACUUCUGCCUCUUGCUCUUACUGUUUUUUACAAGAAAUAACUAACUUCUAAAAUGUUACUUGAAAGAGGAAGUGUAUAGUAUUAGAGUUUUGAGAACAUGCCUCAGUACACUUAACAGUACUCCUAAGGGUCAGCCAUGACUUCCUUUUAAGGAUGUAGAAAAGCACUACAAUGUCUCUGCACACAAUUCAUUACUGGCCUUCUUGUUCUUAUGAAACACUUGAUCGAAUUGUGUAAAACAGUAGUUGUAAUGUUUUCUAUUGUUCUCAUGACAGUUUUGUGUUAACAUAUUGAGAUAUGGAUCGCCAUUGUCUAUUUGUGCAUAAUUCUGAGAAACACUAUCUCUAAUUAAUCUAUGGUAAAACACCUGGCCUGUAAUCAUUGUUUCAAACCAGCUGAUCACUCCCUCCCUCUAUCAUGGUCUGUCAUUCUGGCAUUGUUGAAUAAAGUAGAAAUGUUGUACAGUA